AUGGCUACUCACCACGCGAAGAAUGAAGUUCUCAAGGCCGCUGCCUUGUUUGAUGUAUCGCACAUCACCGCUGUAGUAACAGGCGGCGCAACCGGCAUUGGUCUGAUGAUCACCCAAGCUCUACAAUCCAACGGCGCCAAAGUCUACAUCACAGGCCGCCGGAAAGAGGUUCUGGAGCAAACCCAGAAGACGUACGGCACAGGUCCUGGGAGCAUUCAUGUCCUCCCUGGCGAUGUCAGUGAGAAGGACGAGGCUAUCCGUCUUGCGGAGGAGGUUAGCAAGAAGGAGCCAAACGGGAUCCACCUACUCGUUAACAACGCUGGUAUUGCAGAGGAUGACAACACCAAGUUCUCCUCGGUUGGCGAACCAGACACAAGCGACGCUAAGGCUCUUUCGGAGCACUUUCUCAAGACGGAGCCAGAGCAAUGGGCCAAUACGCUGAAGACAAACGUAACGGGACCUUACUACAUGUCCAUGGCAUUCCUCCCACUACUCGCAAAAGGUUGUGAGACUACGCCUGGCUAUUCUUCCCAGAUUGUCAAUGUCUCCUCCAUCUCGGGAGCCAUGAAAGGUUCCAGCAUGGGACAGCCAGCCUAUGCCACCUCCAAAGCUGCCCUUACCCACCUCAGCCGCAUGAUAGCUACUCUCACCAAGGACAUCAAAGUGCGAGUUAAUGUUAUCGCGCCAGGACUGUUUCCCAGUGAGAUGACUACUGGAGAGUCUGAUGAGGGCAACAAGAGCAAUAUUGACAAGAAGAUGACUAACCCAGCAAGACGACCUGGUCAUGAUACUGAUAUGGCUGCGACUAUUCUGUUCCUUGCUGGAAAGGGUGGCUUGUUUUACAACGGCCAGAUUGUUUAUCCAGACGGAGGUUCCACACUUAUUAACCCAGCUAUCGCGAACUAA